AUUCUAUGCAGCUGUCAUGUCAUGUUAAUGCACCGUGUCCUGUCAUUAUUUUUUAUGGCAUCUGGAUUUGAUGGAUAAGCCAGGUGUUUUGGAGGGAACCAAGUAGGAUGUAAAAGUGCCAAAAAGACCGAAGUUCGCCAUGUCCGGAGUAUUGCAGCCAGUAGACAUGAACGUUGACAGGUCGCCGGCAAGGAAACGUGCCCGUUAUGAAGAGCUCAGCAACGAUUCUUCGAACGAAAGCGGCCGUUGGAGCUUGCACAGGGGCAAUGCGAAUGAAGAGUGCGACAACGGAGUUGGAAGACUGGACUGUGAUGUUGAAGAUUUGCUCACUGACGAUGACACGAUAUUCUGCAAACAAGAACCAACGGCUAUCGAUGUCUCUUGUGUUUCGAUGUCACCGAACACAAGGAGCCAACAGUUAUCUUUGUUGGAAUCAUCUUUGACCAAGGAUUCUCUGGAUAAACUUACCUUAGGAGAAUAUGAUGCACUUCUAGUAAAGAAACCGGUCAUUCGCCCAAAUAGUAAAAUAAAUUAUUUCGACCUUCUGUCGGAUGAAAUCGUCCUGCAAAUAUUCAAGUGCCUUCCCAAAUGGUACCUCAGGGACAUGUCAUUCGUAUGUAGGAGAUUCAACAGGCUGAGCAAAGAUGAGAGUCUAUGGAGAAGGUUGGACGCGUCAAAUAAACACCUGUAUCCUGGCGACUUAGGACAGAUAAUCAGUAAACAAGUUAUUGUUUUGAGGCUAGCCAGGUCAGAGAUAUCAUAUCCUCCGAUAAUGCCGGGGUGCAAGGCCGCCCAGCACGAUUUCCACUCCCGUUUGCUCUAUCUGGACCUGAGCAUGGCGUCGAUCUGCACAGAAAGCCUCACCGUGUUGCUUUCCAAAUGCAAUCGCCUGAAGAAGCUCAGUCUCGAGAACGUGGCUGUCAAUGAUGCGGCGCUGAUCGCGCUGUCUGCGAAUAAAGAUCUUGAGGUGAUCAACAUGGCCAUGUGUCAGGGCGUCAUGGAGGACGGGCUCAAGUAUUUGCUGACCAAUUGUAGGAAUAUAAGAGAACUGAAUAUAGCAUGGACGAAUAUGAACAAAAGCUCAAUCCAGUAUCUGUGCCAAAAUUUACCGCCCACGAUGGAUAGGUUGAAUUUGUCGGGAUGCCGAAAAUUGUUAUCAGAUGAAAAUGUCGGCGAUUUGGUCGUCAGAUGUCCCAGAUUGAGAGAAUUAGACUUGUCCGAUUGCACGACGAUCAGCGGCGAAUCGGUCAAACAUAUCACCACUUUGGAAGACCUGAAUUUUCUCGCUCUCUCUAGAUGCUAUUUAAUACCUCAUAGGUCGUUCCGGCAUUUGAAGAGAAUAUACACUUUGGCGUAUUUGGACAUUCACGGCGGAUACUACGACCCCGCCGAGAUGGAGGGGGUGCAGGCUUCAUUAGGAGCCAAAGUAGAAAUUAACAAAUUCAAAUUCAGUUCGGUCGCCAGGCCGACAGUUGGACUUAGAAAAUCGAGCAUAUGGACUAUGCGGGUUCGAGAUUGAAAAUACAUGUUACUUUUUUGUAUAAGGAUUUGUGAUGUUAGAUUUAUAUGUACAGCGUAAGAGGCAUUUUUCCCUUAAAUACCAAUGACAUUCGGCCAAUAUCAGAAAAGCUUUACCAUUAAUAAUUAGCAUCAAUAUUAAAAUUCGCAUCUUUUAACAACUUACUUUAUUUAUUGUCUAAGUUUUCUAUACUUAUUACAUCAUCAGGCCUCUCAAUUUGAAUGGACUUGCGAGAACCACAUAAAUACAUUUAAAGAGCUAUAUUACGACACUAUGUGACCUGAUAUUGUAAAACAUCUUAGAAUAUGAAUGUUUGGAUCUCAAAAUAUACGAGUUACUAUUUGAAGUGGAUUCUUUUUAAAAAUAUGAAACGCCUACAUACAGAAUCAGAAGCAUUUUUUGACCAAUUUCAGCUGACAAGACGAAUAUGGAAAUGUCAGAAUAUUGCGUUUGAAUGUUCUAGUGGCAAAAUUUUCAAGGAAAAUCCCGUCCCAGAUCAUUGAUUGCCGAGUUCCUUUCCAGACAAAAAUGUGAUAUUCUUUGAUGGUCAAAAUAUGUAUAUGUUUUGCCACAGGGACAAUCAAACAUCUAGUGUUGUAUAUAAAACCGCAUUCACGAUGGUUAGUGAUUUCUUUGAUAAACCUCUACUAUUUUUGCGGGUGUUUAUCAAUGUUAUGGUUUAAUUGCCAAAUUAGCUGUAUAAUUAAAAAUAGGCUGUAUAAGUUGACUGCCUCAUUAAAUUUAUUUCUUUGAUUUGUUAUUAAAACAGUCCAAGUUAAA